AGAUACAACUAGGUUAUAUUCUGUUUCGCUGCCACUGUUCAAUUUCUUCAGUUUCUCUUCAAAUUGAUUUCAUAUUUAGUUUUGUAUGCUAACCAUUGACAGGAAAUUCAUUUUCACCAUAAAUCAAUAACUGAAAAGUUAAUGGCUUUUAAAGUUUGUAAAUUUUGGUUAGUUUAGCCAAUAGUAAGCCACAGACACAUUCCUGCCGGUUUCCAUAGUAACAAGCCUCAGAUGCAGCCAAGCAAUCAGUAAAACAAAGCUACACAUACACACAUACACACCCUUGACAAGGUAACACCUAUAUAUCUAGAAACUUCUUCCUGGUGUGUUAGCAACGUGACAACAACAGUUGCGCAACCAAAUUUCUACUGCUGCUUCAUCAAACAUAGCUCGCAACAUCCUCCUCACAAGACAAAAACAGUAAAAAAAUUUUUUUUUAAACCCAGAAAACUUCGGGCUGAAAUUCAAAGACAAUUAUUAACUCAGAUUCACUAUGGAAGACCAGACUGAAAAUACUCAGAAAAGAGCUUUAAGGGGCUCGACACCAAAAUGGGAUGAAGAAGGAGGUGACAAUAAAGGAGACCCUAAAAACUGGGAAAUAAUUAGAAAACAAGAUGUUUUGGACAAACACAUAUCUUAUACAAGAUUCAAUGCCUAUGAGGACAAAAUUAAUUUGUUGAUAAAUUCUCAGGAAGAAGAAUGUACUUUUUUUAAAAAUAUAGGAAUGGAUACAAUUACUUUACAAAAAGAAAAUGUUUACAAUCAAGAAUUAAUAAUUUCUGGAAAACUAGAAUUGUUCCUGGAACACUAUUUACAGAGAAAUAAUUUACAAGACAAACACAAAACCAUUGAGCCAUCAAAAUUACCCACAAAAUUCCGGCCUCUUUGCCCGGUUGUGACAAGAGAAGCAAAGAUCGAGGAAUCUGGAGAAGAAUUGGAGAAAAGCAUAAUAUCCAAUGUCAUUGUCAUACGUGAGGGAAUGGUAACAUAUUCCCACCAUUUUAUGACAAUAUGUUGUUUGUCAAGAAAUGGUGACAGAAUUGAUGUCCAUUGUCCAUCUUCUGUCACCAAUUUCACCAGAAUCAGUGAAGACAUGGUUCUGGCAACCCUCCCCUUCCAAGAAAUGAUUCUUAUUAUCAGCCCCAAAACCUUUAAGAUCAAAAGGAUAAAGUUGGGGUUAUAUAUGGUGAGUUACUUGGAAGAUUCUACACUAAUAGGUGUAGAAAUGUUUGGUAAAACAGUUUACCAAUUUGAUUGGGAGGAUAACACUAUUAACUAUCAAUUUAUUACCAAAGAAACCCCUACAGAUAUUGCUGUAGGGGUCCAGAAUAUUCUUUUAAUAUCAUUUCCCAGUAUUAAAAGAGUAAUCUGUUUUAAACUGGAUGGCCAACAGUUAUGGGAGGUAGAGACCCAUUCUCUGCAUCUCCCUAGUAAAAUCUCUCUGUACCAAAAUUAUUUCUAUGUCCUCCAGGGACAAAUAAUUUAUAGGAUUUCAGCUAAAGGUGGUGUAACAAGGAGGGACAUUGGCAAGAAAUGCCGCUCUAUUUCUGUUGGUAAAGAUACCAUUUUGGUAACAGAUUAUUGCGGCAGACCACAUGGUAUUCAAAUGAAUAAAGACUUUUGGCCCAAACUGUCAUACAACCACCAGCUACAUACCCCCAGUUUAAAAGACUAUAUUGAUAUUGAGGAUUGCUACAACAUUACAAAUAUUCUACCUAUGUCUACAUCUUCUAUAUUAAUAAUUUACAAAAACAAGAAAGCUAAAUUAUUCACUGAUAAUGGGGAAAUAAUUAACCAAAAUAAUUCAGUUUUCCUUGAGCUUCCUUCUUUCUGUUGUAGAAUAAACGCAAACAGAUUCCUGGUAUUUUAUCGUGAAAUGAAAGGAUUUCAGUAUAUCACCUGUCCUGAACUAAGAAAAGGCCCUUUAAUGAAAGUCCAUACUGAUUACAUUACACUAUGUCAUGUUGUAUCAAAUAAGUGUUUAGCUCUAACCACAAGUGGAAACAAAAGCGAGGUCCAUAUCCUCUUGAUCCACGAAGAUAAAGUUGACAUUGCAGAAAGAAUUUCUCUGGGACAUCAUAAUGUCAGCAUUGCUGCAACUCCAAUUAAUUUUGUAGUCAUAGAUGGAAACGAAAAUAAAAUGGUAUUUUAUUCCACAUGUGGUGAAGAACUUUUUCAAAAAUACCUUCCAUUCUAUGGCCACCCUCAUCACAUCUACUCUGAUAAUGUUUAUUUCUAUGUCCUCUUCAGAAGACACUGUAUUCUCAGAUGUUACGAUCUAUAUGGACAAAUGAAAUGGCAGUGGGAACUGCCUUUCCCUGUUCACCCUCACAUUGCUGUUUUCCAAGGAACUCUUUAUGUCCCGGACACUCAACUCAACAGGGUUCUUCUUUACAAGUAUCAAGACCGGUCGUCUGGCUGCCUUUUACCCAUUAAAAAUCCUUAUAUCAGAAAUCUAAAUCUACGACUCAAAGAAAAGGAGAAUGACCAAAAACUUGUCAUUGGCGAAAUAUGUAAUCUGUCCAAUGGACAGUUGGUGGUGUUCGACAUCAACCAUGAUUGCUUGUUGUACAUUUCUGAGGAAGGAGACAUUGUGUCCAGAUUAUCUCUGCCGUCUACAGCCACAGAUAUAUGUCGAUGGGGUUCUGAUCAUAUAGGGGUCACAUUACCCCUACAGAAACAAUUAAGGGUCAUCGGAAACCUAUCAAAUACAGUGAGAAGUGUAUUAUUAAGGCAGCCUUAUGUACGGGUGUGUAAGAUGGGUGAACGUGAAAUUGUUUGUUAUUGUGAUAAACCAUCACAUUUAGACAUUUUAACUAUUAAUUAUUAUAAUCAAGUCGAAGUAAUUAAGACAAUUAAUAUCCCUGUGUUUGUGAAAUCAUUAUCAAUAGACAAGGAAACACUAAAGCUAUUGAUUGUUACUAGGGGAAAAGCUUUUCAGUACAACACUAGAAUAGGUGGUGGUGGUCAUAGAGGUCAUAAUUUGUUGGUUAAUGAUCUUGUUACUAAUAAUCAUCUUAAUUAUUAUAUCGACCUGGUGGAUGUAUUUUCCAGACACAUUUCUCUCAGCGAAAUGUUGUCUUCCACUUUAUAUCUACAGGACCUGAAAGUUUCUGAUAAAGCCAGACAUAUUCCUCUCCCUAAACAUUUGGGAGACAAAGAACCAGUGUGGAUUGAACGUUUGGUUAUUACAGAAAAUAAUCUGAUUGCAGGAUGUGACAGGAAGAAUGGAAACAUUAAGAUAUUCACACUGGAUGGUCACCUAUUGGAUUUAAUCAAAGUGAAUGUUUAUGACAAUACUAAAAUGUGUCGAUGGCAGUCAAACACACUGGUCAUUACGAAUGGGGAUUAUAAAGAUCCUAAUAAACACCAACUGUUGACAUUAAAAGUGGAAUAUCCAUUGUCGUUGCUAAUUUACCAAACGAGAAAUAAUUAUGAUUGUAUAGCUUCUUUAUCAAAUAAUCAACUGGUUUUGAGUGAAUGGAGAGAUGUAAGACAUUUGUAUUUUGUUGAAAUUGAUGAAAUACGUUCGAGUGUGAAGGAAACAAACAAAAUAGACAUACCUGAACCAUUAAUAGAGAGAAACGAAGAUGGAAAGUAUUAUGAUAGAAUCCAGGAUAUUAAAGUUACUGAUGAAGAUGUCAUCAUUGUCUUAAACAAGAAUUCAUCAUUUUCUUCAACAGUGGUGGUCAAUAUUUACAUUCAGUCAGACACUACAUGAAGUAUUUUGGUGAUGAUGACAGGAUGACAAUUGAUGACAGUUUUUUGUACAUUUAUGGUCGGUGGGAGAAAUGUUUUCGUUUAUCUGGAUAUAAAAAAAUUUUGUGUUUGACCCAGAAUGGGGAAUACGAGAGAAUAUUUUUAAACAAAAGAAUUUUUAAACAUAAAUUAGAUUUCUCCAGUAUAGACUGUAAAGGACCAAGGUUUGUUGGAAGCCAUAGGAGGGGAUGGAGGAAUGAAUUGUAUGUUGAAGGGUUGUUUAUGGUGAAUCGAGACAGCUUCCCGGUUGUUCGUUUACAAACAGACGAAUGUCCUGUUCAAGUAAAAGAUUUUGAUGUCUCUGAGGAAGGAAAGACAGUUGUGUGUGAAAAAGCCAAUAAUGGAAAUGUUAAAAUAUUCGAUGAAGACGGCCAGUUGCUACGUCACAGAAAAGUUGCAAGUUUAGUUGGUGGUGUGUGUUUUA